GGUCCCCUCCCGACAUCUCGCUGAGCUCCCAGCCGCUCGCCAGCCCCUGUGCCCCGCUCCAGCCGCAGCCUGCCGCCACCAUGAGCCAGUCCUACUCCUCCAGCCAGCGGGUCUCUUCCUACCGCCGCACCUUCGGCGGCGGCUCCCCGGUCUUCUCCCGCGCCUCCUUCGGGGGCAAAGGCAGCGGCAGCUCUGUCACCUCCCGCGUCUACCAGGUGUCCCGCACCUCGGCCGUGCCCAGCCUGUCCAGCUUCCGUGCCACCCGCGUGAUGCCCCUGCGCUCCUACCAGAGCGCUUACCAGGGCGCCGGGGAGCUGCUGGACUUCAGCCUGGCCGAUGCCAUGAACCAGGAGUUCCUGCAGACCCGCACCAACGAGAAGGUCGAGCUGCAGGAGCUCAAUGACCGCUUCGCCAACUACAUCGAGAAGGUGCGCUUCCUGGAGCAGCAGAACGCCCUCAUGGUGGCCGAGGUGAACCGCCUGCGGGGCAAGGAGCCCACCCGCGUGGCUGAGAUGUACGAGGAGGAGCUGCGGGAGCUCCGGCGCCAGGUGGAUGUGCUCACCAGCCAGCGGGCGCGCGUCGAGGUCGAGCGCGACAACCUGCUCGACGACCUGCAGAAGCUCAAGCAGAGGCUGCAAGAGGAGAUUCAGCUGAAGGAGGAGGCUGAGAACAACCUGGCUGCCUUCAGAGCUGAUGUAGACGCAGCCACGCUGGCACGCAUCGACCUGGAGAGACGCAUUGAGUCCCUGCAGGAGGAGAUUGCCUUCCUCAAGAAGGUGCACGAAGAGGAAAUCCGGGAGCUGCAGGCGCAGCUGCAGGAGCAGCACAUCCAAGUGGAGAUGGACGUCUCCAAGCCAGACCUGACAGCCGCGCUGAGAGACAUCCGUGCCCAGUACGAGAACAUCGCUGCCAAGAACAUCGCCGAGGCUGAGGAGUGGUACAAGUCCAAGGUGUCUGACCUGACACAAGCAGCCAACAAGAACAACGAUGCACUGCGGCAGGCGAAACAGGAGAUGCUGGAGUACCGGCACCAGAUCCAGUCCUACACCUGUGAGAUCGACGCCCUCAAGGGCACGAACGACUCACUGAUGCGCCAGAUGCGGGAGAUGGAGGAGCGUUUUGCUGGGGAGGCCAGCGGCUACCAGGACACCAUUGCGCGGCUGGAGGAGGAGAUCCGGCACCUCAAGGACGAGAUGGCCCGGCACCUGCGGGAGUACCAGGACCUGCUCAACGUCAAGAUGGCCCUGGACGUGGAGAUCGCCACGUACCGCAAGCUGCUGGAGGGCGAGGAAAACCGGAUCAGCAUCCCCAUGCACCAGACCUUUGCUUCCGCUCUCAAUUUCCGAGAGACCAGCCCAGAGCAGCGUGGCUCUGAAGUGCACACCAAGAAGACCGUGAUGAUCAAAACCAUUGAAACCCGCGAUGGGGAGGUGGUGAGCGAGGCGACCCAGCAGCAGCAUGAAGUGCUGUAGACGAUGCUGCCGGCGGCCCAUCGGCACCUUCCAUCCCUGCCUCCAUCCCGCCGCCCCCCGGCGCCAAGCCCCGGCCCGCUCCUCCUCCCCCCCCGCUCCCCCUCCGGUGCUUGCCCCAGCGCUGCCCGAGGGACCCUGUGCAGCUGCCUCGGGGCACGGCACUGCUGGCUGCCCCCAGCGCCACCAAACCCUUGCCCCCCAUGCCCCCCGGGCUCUCUCCUUUGGCUUUGAAGUGCGUGCUCUGCUUUGGCAGCUUUGCAGCGGGAAUGCCAGCAUCAGGAUCAGGGCUGGGCCUGGGGGCGGCAGAGAGGGACUGAGGGGAGAGGCAGGACAGGGUGGGGGGAGCAGGUGGUGGCCUCUGCCAGCUCCCCGGAGAGCCGGACGGUCCCAGCAGCAGGUUCUGGAUCCCCCCGCGCCCCUGAGCCCCCUCCCCAUGCCCAUGCUGGGCACAGACGUGGGGUCUGUCCUGCAGGAGCAGGGACCCGUCUCCCCGCGCUGGCACCGCUGGCCUCCUCGGAGCUGGUGUUUCUCCUGGCAGAGGGCAGUGAUGCUGGGCACAGGGGGGAGCUGGGGACGGGCUGAGCCCCCCCCUCCCAGCCUGGCUUGAAGCCAGGGUGCUCUCAGCCUGCAUCACUCCCCACCUGGGGGGCUGGAGACCCGGGCUCCCCCCUGCCCGAGAUGCAGCCCCACAGGGUGGAGGGCAGUGCCCGCCCCCCCCGGAUUGGGCGCGAGGGGCCGUGGCUGUGCAGGCAGCUCCCCCUGGGAGGGGCUGCCCUGCUGUGUGUCCCCUCGCUGCCGGGGGCCACGGGGGUCCCCGCACUGGGGGCAGGUUGGUGAGCCGAGAGAGGAAACCCGUAGGUGGACACAGGCGAGAGAAGGAGUGAGUGAGUGGGAGAAAGGGGGGAGAGAGAGAGGAGCUGGAGAGAGGCCCGGGGGGCCGGCGGGCACCCCCACCCCUCGCCCCACUGCACCCCUACCCCACUGUGUGUACGUGACUCUUCCAGGCGGCUGAAAUAAACAGCGGAGCAUGA